AUGUUUCAUGUAAACAGAAGAAUCAUGGAGGUGAACAAGGAACAACAUGAGGAUAUCCCCGCCUAUGAUAUGGAAUAUGAGCAAGAUGAUGGAACCCAAGUUUAUGAAUCGGACACAGAAGAUGGUGAAAAUAAGGACAUUAACUACAAUAUCCAUUUAGAUUUGGAAGAAGAAAUCCAAAGCACAGUUCCCACAAGGUCACCUAGGAAGAGGGGUCUAACUCAAUUGUCAAAGCUGAAGACCGAGUAUGUCAAUUAUGUUGGUAGAAAAAAGCGUGUCAAGUUUGAUUAA